CUCGGGACGCCCAUCUCUUUCGAGCUUCGGUACUCAGGUCCCGACCCCUUCAUUCGGGGCAGCUUUCCGUCGCCGGACCGUUCCUGAUGGUCCCAGCGCCUGGGAACGGAACCUUGGGGCCUGAAUGGAGGAACCACGCCCAGAUCGAGCAGAUCAUAUCGCCAGAGAUUUGGCUGUAAUUCUACAGCUUUGCUUCCUGGCGUUCCCCCUCAGGUCAGGAGCGAAAGAAGUCGUACACGUACAUGAAUCCACGCUGGCUUCGAGAGUGCGCAUUACGCGAGCGUUCGUAACACGAGGCCAGUCUCGCGGACUCGGGGGCCUUGUUCAUGUACGUGGUUGGCUGCGUCUGUCCUUUGUGUGGGCUUCGUAUCAGGUACGUCAGGACCGCCAGGGGCAACCUGGUGGAGGACCGGGCCUUCAACGUGAGGUCGCGACUGGACGCCUUCGCGGGCAAGAAGGUCGUGAGGGAGGUGACUUACGCGGACGUGCCGAACUUCGGCCGAGAGGACAUGAUGAAGAAGGGCGACGGGCCGAACGAUCCUCUGCUGACGGUGGUGAUCCAGUUCAAGGGUGCCACUCAGAAGCAGUUCAUUACGCGUUUUUUGACCGAGCUGGGAGACGACGGAAACGUCUUCCGCGUGCUCGCGAGCCAGCGCUCGCUCUUCGCCAUAGGGGCCGAGGCCGCCGUCGCAGUGGACGAGGAGGUAGUGACCUCUCUUCGGCGGAAGCCCGACGGGAGCGUCGUCGGCCGGCUUCGGCUGGUCGGGUUCCUGAAUCCGAACGAUGUCCUGUUCUUCGAGGCGGCCGACAAGGCGGUGACGAUAGCCGACUACAGCCUCAAGUUCACGCGAAUCCCAGGCACGGGCGAGGGCGCGGCCGCGCCGGCGGCGUGACGGGGCGUCCCCGCGCGGCCCCCCUCGGGGCCUUUUUGGACCUGGCCCCCUCGAGGUCGGUCGAGGGAGGGACC